CUUCCUGAGGGCAGCCGGCAGCGGCGGCAGUGAGAGGGCGGUGCGGGGGGAGCGCAGGCGGAGCUCUGUGCAAAGCAAGCAGAUUAUUUCCCUUGAAAUUAUUCCAAAUAGAUCAGAGUGGACUAUUAGCAGUCUUUCUCCACCUCUAGAUAUCAAAAUGACUUCUAUGCUGACCCAUACCAUUCGAAACCUCCCUGCUUCCUCAGCAUGGGCCGUCAGGGUCUUUGCUCGAUCUCUCAGCUGCUCUUCACAGUUACAAGCUCCAGCUGUUCAGCCUAAGAGUAAGAAGACCUUAGCCAAAAGUGGUGUGAAGAAUAUUGUUGUGGUGGAAGGCGUCCGUAUUCCAUUCUUGCAGUCUGGCACCUCAUAUGCAGAUCUUAUGCCUCAUGACUUAGCCCGUGCAGCACUGCAGGGGUUGCUGAACAGGACCAGUGUCCCAGGGGAUGUUGUUGAUUACAUUGUGUAUGGCACAGUUAUCCAGGAAGUGAAAACAAGCAAUGUUGCCAGAGAGGCUGCUUUGGGAGCUGGCUUCUCUGACAAGACUCCAGCCCAUACAGUCACCAUGGCUUGCAUUUCUUCAAACCAGGCUAUGACCACAGGCAUAGGUCUCAUUGCAGCUGGACAAUGUGACGUCGUCGUAGCAGGAGGUGUGGAGCUGAUGUCAGAUGUUCCCAUUCGUCACAGCAGGAAGAUGAGGAAGACUAUGCUCACCCUGAACCGAGCUAAGACCAUAGGCCAAAAGCUUGCCCUGAUUUCCAAAAUUCGCCCUGACUACUUUGCUCCUGAGCUACCAGCUGUGGCAGAGUUCUCCACCAGUGAGACUAUGGGGCACUCUGCCGACCGCUUGGCUGCUGCCUUUGCAAUCUCCCGUGUGGAGCAAGAUGAGUAUGCCCUCCGUUCACACACACUGGCCAAGAAAGCCCAGGAAGAAGGCUUGCUCCUUGAUGUGGUGCCCUUCAAAGUGCCAGGCAAAGAUACAGUUACCAAAGACAAUGGAAUCCGUCCAUCCUCCCUGGAGCAGAUGAGCAAACUGAAGCCAGCUUUUGUCAAGCCCUAUGGAACUGUCACAGCUGCCAACUCGUCCUUCCUGACAGAUGGUGCCUCAGCGAUGCUGCUCAUGUCUGAAGAGAAGGCUUUGUCACUAGGAUACAAACCCAAGGCCUACCUAAGGGAUUUUGUCUAUGUGUCCCAGGAUCCGAAGGACCAACUGCUACUGGGUCCAACAUAUGCUACUCCCAAAGUGUUAGAGAAGGCUGGUCUGACCAUGGCUGAUAUCGACGUGUUUGAAUUCCAUGAAGCUUUUGCUGGGCAGAUACUAGCUAACAUGAAAGCUAUGGAUUCAGACUGGUUUGCACAAAACUACAUGGGCAGGAAGUCAAAGGUUGGAGCCCCUCCCUUGGAGAAGUUCAACACCUGGGGUGGUUCCCUCUCUCUGGGACAUCCAUUCGGUGCCACUGGCUGCCGCCUGGCAAUUACUGCUGCCCACAGGUUGAAGAAGGAGGGAGGGCAGUAUGGCCUAAUCGCUGCCUGUGCUGCAGGAGGACAGGGGCAUGCAAUGUUGGUGGAGCUCUACCCUCAGUAGUGGGAUGAGGGACUGCUGAAGGAGCAUUCGUGUAUCCUGUGCCUGGCAAUGCCAUUUCAAUGCACUAAUGAAAACAUACAUACAGUCCUUGGGAAGGACUUUUGGUGGCCUUUGUAUAUAUCUUUUAGCUAUUCUGCUGGUAAUUGUCAGCUAACGAGCACACUCUUAAGAAAUAUUCCACUUCCAGGAGAAUAAAUGCUAAUACAUCUCUUAGUGUCUCCAGUGUCCUUGUAACCACACUAAUCUCAACUGUAAUUCUUCAGUAAUUGAGAUUUGGUUUAGGUUUUUUAUUCCUGGAGAAAAAGAAUGAUUCCGAAGCGGAGUACAAAGAGUUUGGGGAUGAGGAGAUGCAUAAAGUGCUGAAUGUCAGCAGGCUGAGCUGAAAGUUAAGGUGCUGCUGUUCUCAGAAAUGGUUUUAAACUCAAGUGACUGAGGUGGUUCGAAGGAAGAGGUUUACUGCGCAGGUCUGAACAGCAUUGGAAUGAGCAAAUUGCUUCUAAGAAAUGAGUGUCACUAAUGUCUGCCUCAAUAAACCAGAAAAACAGAA